CUCGACCACAACUUCUCAUCCUUCUGUUGGUUCCCACGCUUAACCCACAACAAUCCUCGACCAAAGCGACAGGUUGGUGUUUAAGCAGAAACUGGAGACGAGAUGGAUCUGCCCUGAACGACCUGCGCAGCCUCACGAAUUGCGAUACAUCAAUCCUUGGACCAAGGUCUUAGAUCUCCGACGAAACCCGGUCCUCCUGUUAUCCUUGUCUGUCUUAUAAGAGAAAGGGACUUGCUGGUGUAUGGGAAGAAUGCCCAAAGUCCACCUUCUCGACUACGUCGCGGGCAACAUCCGCUCGCUGGUGAACGCGAUCGAAAAAUGCGGCUGGGAGGUUGAGUGGAUCCGGAGUCCCGAGGACGUCCAGAAGGCAGAAAAAAUCAUCCUUCCAGGAGUCGGCCACUUUGGUCAUUGCCUAACGUCUCUCUCAACGGCAGGCUACCUCCCCGCCAUCCAAUCCCACAUCUCCAGUGGAAAGCCUUUCUUUGGCAUCUGUGUGGGCCUCCAGGCGCUGUUCACUGGCUCAGAAGAGGCACCCAGUGUUUCUGGCCUGAACAUCAUUCCUACGUCGCUCAAACGCUUCUCAGCCGAGAAUGCGGACGGGUCGAAAAAGUCCGUGCCUUGUAUAGGCUGGAAUGACGCUUCUACGCUUCACCAUGACUCAGACCAAAACCAGACAGCGGCGCUGGAGAAAGGAAGGAGUUUUUACGGUCUCAACCAACGAAGUAAGUACUACUACGUGCAUAGCUACUUUGCGCCGUAUGUGCCUGGCGAGCUUGAGGCCAGCGGAUGGGUCGUCGCCACCGCCACUUACGGUGACGAAUCCUACGUGGGCGCCAUUGGCAAGGGAAACGUGUUUGCGACGCAAUUCCACCCCGAGAAAUCCGGCGCGGCUGGGCUGAGAGUCAUCAAGGCGUUUCUUGAGGGAAACAUCUGGUCGGAUCCGGUGAUUCCAUCCGUCCCCGGGACUAGCUCAACAGCAGCCAACGGAGCACCCUCGUCCCUAGCAGGGAAGACAGAUGGAGGAACAAACGGCCUGACCCGACGCAUAAUCGCCUGUCUGGACGUCCGCACCAACGACCAGGGCGAUCUCGUCGUGACCAAGGGCGACCAGUACGACGUGCGCGAGAAGUCCGUCACUUCGACCACGGGCCCAGGACAGGUGCGCAACCUGGGCAAACCGGUCGACAUGGCGCGGCGCUACUACGAGCAAGGGGCCGACGAGAUCACGUUCCUCAACAUCACGAGUUUCCGCGACUGCCCGAUCACGGACCUGCCCAUGCUGGAGAUCCUGCGGCGGACGAGCGAGACCGUCUUCGUGCCGCUGACGAUCGGGGGCGGGAUCCGCGACAUGACGGACCCGGCCACGGGCAAGACCGUCUCGGCCCUCGACGUCGCGAAACUGUACUUCGCAUCCGGCGCCGACAAGGUGUCCAUCGGAUCCGACGCCGUGCUGGCCGCCGAAGAGUACCACGCCUCCGGCGGCCACCUCACGGGGCGGACCUCGAUCGAGACCAUCUCGGCGGCGUAUGGCGCGCAGGCGGUCGUGGUGAGCGUCGACCCGAAACGCGUCUUCGUGUCCUCGCCGUCCGACACCGCCCACCAUACCGUCCGGACGGCCUUUCCCGAUGCCGAUGGCCGGCAACACGUCUGGUACGCGUGCACGAUCAAGGGCGGGCGCGAGACGCGCGACCUCGACGUUGUCCAGCUGUGUACGGCCGUCCAGGCCCUCGGCGCCGGCGAGAUCCUGCUCAACGCCAUCGACCGCGACGGCAGCAACCGCGGCUACGACCUCGAGCUGAUCGACAUGGUCAAGGCCGCCGUCGGCGUGCCCGUCAUCGCCUCCUCGGGCGCCGGCGUGCCGUCCCACUUCGAGGAGGUGUUUCGAAAGACCGGCGUGGACGCGGCGCUGGGCGCCGGCAUGUUCCAUCGAGGCGAAUACACAGUUGCGCAGGUCAAGGAGCAUCUCGGCCAGGCGGGCCUGCUGGUCCGGCCCUUUGAGGAGUUUUGACGUCUUUGUCUCCGCCCGAAAUGAUAGAUGAUAGACAUGCUGAUGAUAAGGCGGAAAAGGGAGCGAGGCUGUACAAAGGGGGGGAAGAAAUAGUUUUGUCUUUGAAUAUCUAUGCUCGUGGCUCUAACCCUGGGCCACACCACGUCACGCCGUGCUAUGCGAUGCUAUGCGCUGCAACUCGAUCUGCUCAUGCCUCUAUCCGAUG